GACGACCGUAUGGAAACUCGGACCAUCACCAUGGGGUACUUGUACUAUUGGGAAUCUUGUACUAGUUCAGGUUCCACCUCUGGAAUUGGUGGAUGAACUGCGAUGAGCAGAAGAUUCGGGUGAAACGCGGCAUGGCAGCGUUGGUUCAGGUUCAACCACUUCAUCGACACACGGAACGAGCGAAUCAGAUUGGAUGUCGCAUGUCCCUCGGACCGUCGCAUUCCAAGCUGAGAGCUGAUCCUUACAACACUGUGAUUGCAGUGACAUCGGUUGUCCCGCUGGUUCGUGGGGAGGAAGCAAAACGGAAGAAGCUUCGUUGCUGCGUUUUGAACUUUUGCAAUAAUUGCUGUUUGUGGGAUUUGGUUUUUGGUGAAUCUCUUCAAUCCUUUAAGAAUCUUCUUUGGAUUGUUUUUGGCUUCGGAACGUGAAAGUGGUUGUCAUCUUCAGUGUCCCCAAGACAAUCUUCGUGACUCUUCUUCUCCAGCCAGUCUUGAACUCUGCUCUUCGUCUUUGAUUGAAAUUCACAGAGCGAGCUCCAGAAGUGCAGGGCAGUGAGACUUUUGAGGAAUACGCAAAGCGCUUGAUGGAAGACAAAGCUUUUCUAGAGAAGAGUGGGACGUAGGAAAAAUCUGAGUUUGGUGUUUGCAACUCCACACUUCCUCAGGCCGAUGGCUGAAUUGGAGUAUGUUUAGUCUUGAGUUCUUGAGGUUUUCAAGGGCCGAAGCUGUAAGCCAUGGCAAAAACCCAGAUUCUCAGAUCCGCAUGUCUUCUCUUGACACACCUGGGGCGGUCCAAAAAGGUGGUUCUUCCCUUGAAGACUGAAAACAUGACACAUGAAGAGACACCAUGACACAUGAAUUGCGACGGGUACCUUCAGUGGUGUCAUGGGUCUCCCCAUGAGGUCUCUUCGCGUUCCUUGUGAACUCGCCGCCGUUUCGUCUCGCCGUUUCGCCGUGAACGCAGAAUUCCAUCGGUCGACUCAACGUGGAGCUGCGGCAGUCCUUGUCUGCGGACGUGAACGUGGAGUCCGGCGGCCCUGGGGAGAUCGGGGAGGAGGUCGGUCAGUUUCGACCUGGUUUUGGAUGAGGGGGAGACAGGAAGGUAGAUGGAAGUGUUGGAAGAAAGGGAGUCCGGCCCAAAUUCUCUGGAGCAAAUGAUACGCAGUGGUGAAUACGAUGUCGGUGAGACCCAGAUCACCUAAUUGGAAUUCGCUCGGACCUGUUUCGGUCGCAUCGUCAGCACCCGUCCGGGGGUCUCCUGACUCUGCGGACGUCCGAUUCGCUUCGGGGCCCGACGGAGCCGAGCCGACGUCCGUGGCGCCCCGGUGACGUCGUUCUCCGGGUCGAUGACUGGUAGCUCCGACUCAACAGACUGGAUGGGGUGCGAGACGCUGAUGUCGUUUUUCUGGAAGAAUGGAGGACCUCCUCCUCCCCCAGUCAGCACUGGCAUGUUUCGUGUGGGGCUCGUGUGGGCAAUGGCGAAAGGAUGGCGAGGGAGUAAAGCUUGACAUGGGGCCGGUGGUGAUGGGUCGCUUGCUCGAUUCAUGUGUUGCAGGCAAUUUGCAGGUGUUUUUUGAAAUCGGCCAAUGGCCCACUGGGAUCUACGAGGUGUCUUUUUGUGAUACAUCGAAGGGAAAAAGAAGAAUUCACUCAAAUAGCUGCCGGCCCUCAGUCGACUGUCUAGGCGACUAGCGAUGGCCGUAGCGGCUACGUAUCCGUCGGUUCGCACCGACGGACCGGUCCAGACGUCCGGAGCGACUCGGUCGAUCGAUGCGGUUUCCGGCGGCUGGGCGGCUGUGUGCGCCGUGGUGAGUGGUGAGAGUUCUCAGACCUUAGUGAAUUGGCUGCACAAAGCAUACAUACAAAGCGGAUUCGCUCAUGCCAACAGGACAUCUUGGAAGUUUGGAUUCGCUUUGGCGGU